CGUGGUCCUCCCGCUCGUUUCAUGCUCUCCUUGGGUUGUAGCUCGUCGCUCAAGUCCGCCAGAUCACACCAGCAGUAAACAAACGACCUAAGUUCCUCGCCAUGACCAGGCCUGCGGGACGGGAGCAUAUCCCCAUCUACCCUCGGGGGUUCAUCGCGAUCAGGAUUGUGCAGCUCGUCUUGGCUAUCAUCGUCAUGGGCCUCUCGGCGUACAGCGUCUACUACCUCUCAUACGACGGCAACGCACUCAUCCUGGCCGUGGCGGUCAUGAACGUCGUCGACUCGGUCUACCACCUGGUAGCCGAGUUCGCGGCGCCCGUCAUCUACAACUACUGGGCCGUCCUGGGGCUGGACAUCUUCUUCGUCAUCAUGUGGCUGUGCUCCUUCGCGCUGCUGGCCGCCCGCAUCGCGCCCUACUACCAGUACAUCAACGGCUACGCCGAGUACGACGCCUUUGGCGACGUCGUCACCGUCGGCCUGACCGACACCGAGAAGGCCUGGCUGAACACGCAGGCCGCCGCUGCCGCGCUGGGCGGCGUGGAGUUGUGCGUUGCCCGUCCCUCCCUCUCUCCCUCCCUCCCUCUCUCUCUCUUUCUCUCUCUGUGCUUUCCCGUCUCUCUCAACACACAAACAAACGGGGUAUGUUAACCCCCCAGCCGCCCGCCCGGCCAAAC